AUGAAUGACUGCAAGAUCCUUUGCUUUGAGAUCCGGAGAUAUUUGCACGUCUGCUUUGACCGGGACUUCUUGGCGUCGGCUGCCAGCCGCAGAGAUCUGUGGCGCAUGCUUUUGCCUCUACCCGGCAUCAUGGCGUUGGUUGCAGACAGCGGCAAUCACGAGCUCAUGCUUAUGGAUGCUACUUUGCCUGGGGCGGGCAUGCGGACUCCUGUGACCAUGGGUUCGGGCGGCAUGAAAGCCAAAGAACUAUCGCUGUCGAAGCCGGAGAUGCAGAUGCGGGAGAUCAUUCUCUUCUUGCUGGGUUUACCAGUGGAGACGCGUGAAACUCUGGAAGAGGCUGAGAAUUACACCUUCACUAUGUCGCACAGAGCGCCGCCAUGGAGCCCGGAAAGCCAUUUGGAGUCGAAGUUGGUGACCUUCGAGGGUGACACAGUGUCCUGCGCUCGAUUGCUGGCAAAUUCGGGCCUUCGCGUGGCCAUGCUGAAUUUUGCCCACGGCUACAACUGCGGCGGCGGCUUCGAGCAUGCAGGUGGGAGCCAAGAGGAGGCCAUCUUCAGAGCCACUUCUGUCUUCUUAAGCCUAUGGCCGCAUCGACGAAAGGACGACGGGCCUGGCAUCUUGAAGCGUGGCCAUUGGAUUGGCGACUUCGACGAGCAGCUUCCUCGGAAGGAGGGACGAUGA